AUGCUAUCGCCUGCCUCUGUCGCCGAUUCCGAGACAUAUGCGUCUGUCGAUGCCUCCACGGUGCCAACUACGCCGGACAGAAGUGCAUCAUGCAGCCCGGUCCUGAACGGCAGUAUGGAGGCGCGGAUGGAUGACCCAAAGAACUUGAGAACGACCCUGGCAACUCCACCACAGAAGCCGAUAAAGAGUCCGUUGGAGAAUGAUCACCGUACAAAGACCAUCCGCAGCAUCUGCUGUGUUGGCGCGGGCUACGUCGGUGGCCCGACAGCAGCUGUCAUCGCGCUCAAGAACCCGUCAAUCAAGGUGACGGUGGUGGAUCGAGAUGAUCGUCGUAUCCGACGAUGGAAUUCACGGCAUCUUCCGAUUUAUGAACCGGGACUGGCUGAAAUUGUCCGCAUCGCUCGCGAUGGGCUGAGAAUGCCCGAGGAGAAGAUCGGGGGAGGGAACGAGGCUCCGGCAGACUCGACAUCAUCGUCUCGGGCACCAAACCUUUUCUUCUCCACAGAUGUGACCGGGUGCAUUCGGAGCUCAGAUGCGGUUUUCAUCGCCGUCAACACUCCGACAAAGCUUCGUGGGACUGGGAAGGGCAGUGCCACGGACAUGACAAGCUUUGAAGCCGUCGCGGCCGAGGUUGUUCGCCAUGCCAGGGACGGCACCAUCAUCGUGGAAAAGAGUACAGUCCCCUGCAAGACAGCGCAAAUGAUUCAGGAAAUGAUCCGUAUUCAGAGACCUGAAGCUCAUUUCGAGAUUCUGUCCAAUCCUGAAUUUCUUGCCGCGGGAACGGCGGUCGAGGACCUUCUACGCCCAGACCGUAUCAUCAUCGGUUCUUCGCCCAAUCCCAGCGGAGUGGCGGCCGCAGAGGCCCUGGCAAGAGUAUAUGCCUCGUGGAUUGACCGAUCGCAUAUCAUCACAACAAACGUUUGGUCAUCAGAGCUGGCAAAACUGGUGGCCAAUUCGAUGCUGGCCCAACGCUUAAGCAGCAUCAACAGCAUCUCAGCAAUCUGUGAAGCCACUGGCGCGGAAAUCAACGAGGUUUCGGCCGCCAUUGGGGCUGACACCCGCCUAGGGUCGCGAUUUCUCCGGGCUGGAAUUGGGUUUGGAGGCUCUUGUUUCAAGAAAGACGUGCUCAGCUUGGUGUAUCUGGCUGAGUCGUUGGGCCUUUCGGAGGUGGGCGAAUACUGGAGACGAGUGGUAGAGAUGAAUGAGUAUCAAAGGAACCGUUUCAGCGCACGAGUCAUCCGGCGUCUGAAUAGUACACUGGUCACGAAGAAGAUCUGUGUACUCGGAUACGCCUUCAAGAAGAACACUUCGGAUACUCGUGAAGCUCCAGCGCUGGAAAUCAUCAAAACUCUAUUGGACGAGAACCCGCGCGAAAUCGCCGUCUUUGACCCUUGUUGCAAUCCCGCUGUCAUCGAAAAUGAGAUUCGCUCAUUGCAAAAAUACGGGCCUCCCGUUCUCAGAGAUGACGGUGGAUGUGUGAAAGUGUAUCCAGACGCAUACACGGCGUGCGCGGGCUCCAACGCCAUUCUUCUAGUCACUGAAUUCGAUGAGUUCCUCAACAUCCCGCCUCCGACUAGCGAUCCAUCGAGUCGCAAGUCAGACCAAGGGGGGUUGAGCUGCUCUAUUGUUUCCCGAGAAUCUAUCGACUUCCCGCGUCUGAGCUUGAAUGCCGAGCCAGAAUGUGCUGCCGACUGUCCGGACUGCCAGACUGGUACUAGCUAUGGCGAGCCAAGUGAUGGGAUUUCGAACCAUCCUCCAAAACAACGGCUUGACUGGGCCCGGAUUUCCACGGAGAUGCAAUCCCCCCAAGUGGCUUUUUGA